AUGGUGCAGUCAGGCCGUGCAGGCGCAGCGGGGCUGUGUGAGCGCAGGGCAGAGCGCAGCGGGCAGGCGAGGGCUGUGCAGGGGCAGCUGGCGGGAGCGCAGGCACGGAGGGUGUCAGUGGCGGGCGCCGAGGGCAGCGGCUGCCGGAGCGGGGGCCCCGCUGGGCCGGAGCCGGCUCGGGGCCGCUGCCGCCCGCCGGCGCAGGGCGAGGCAGCGAACGGCCCCGCUCGCAGGCAGCGCAUCCGCCCGGGGCCGGGCCGGGCCGGGCGGGCGUCCGGCUGCUGCCGCCGUGCCCGGCUGCCCCCGCCCGCCCGCCCGCCGUGCCCGCGCUCCCCUCCCGGCCGCGCUCCGCUCGGGGCUCCGCCGGGGCCGGGCCGGGCCCGCUCCGCUGCCGGGACGCGGCUGCCGGGGCUGCCCGCGCUGCCGAGCCUGGAGGGGCCGCAUCCUGCUGGAAACGCCCGCUCGCAUCCCCCGAGCCCCGCUCACCCCGGCGCCUGCCCCGCUGCUCCCGUGGCCGGGCUCCCGGCGCGCUGCUCCCGCUAUAAAUAG